GCUGCGCUAUUAUCAGCGGGUCCCGCUUCACUCCCAGCCUAGAGCGAGUCAAUUUAUGGAAAGACAAGUCGACCCCUUAAUGGUUCCCAUCAAAACCACUAAAAACAUCAUCAGAGCGGCCGACUACCGCGAGGAUUCCUGUGGCGGACGCAUGCAGCCUUCUCCCAGCUGACACACUCCGACCAAAACAAACACGCGGAGAGACAUUUUGGGGAGUUUGACCAGGCUGUUCACUUCCCCAGAGAGAAGAGAAGUUCGCUUUUGCUCAAGUUUUCCAACAUUUCCAGAGUGUGCUUCUUCCUCGGCCAGGAUACUUUUGCAGCAGGCGGCAGAAGUGGCUCGUGAACAGUCCGCUCUGCGCCUUUAUUUACUUUAGUUUAUUUUUAUUUCCCGUUUUUGGCCAAGCGAGUCUGGUGGUUCAUGCUCACAAAUGUUAGCGGUCGGGCAAAUGGAGGCUAACCGGCAGAGUGCUUUCGUCCUGGGCAGCACCCCGCUGGCGGCGUUGCACAACAUGACCGAGAUGAAGACGUCCCUGUUCCCGUAUGCGCUGCAGCAGAGCCCGGCGGGCUUCAAGGCGCCCCAUCUCUCCAGCCUCAACUCCCAGAUGACCGGAGGGACCCCGCACGGAAUAAGCGACAUCCUGGGGAGACCCAUCACCACGGCCGGACAGCUGCUCUCCGGGUUCCCCAGGAUAAACGGCCUGGCCACCACCGCGGCCGCCGCAGCCGCGGGGAUGUACUUCAGCCCGGCGAUGUCGCGGUACCCGAAGCCCCUGGCUGAGCUGCCGGGGAGGGCGCCCAUCUUCUGGCCCGGGGUGAUGCAGGGUUCUCCCUGGAGGGACCCGCGGGUGCCUUGUCCCAGUCAGGCUAAUUUAAUGUUGGACAAGGACGGCAAGAAGAAACACUCCAGACCGACCUUUUCAGGACAGCAGAUUUUUGCACUGGAAAAAACUUUCGAGCAGACGAAAUACCUGGCCGGCCCAGAGAGAGCCCGCCUGGCUUACUCCUUAGGAAUGACCGAGAGUCAAGUCAAGGUUUGGUUCCAGAACAGAAGAACCAAAUGGCGGAAGAGACACGCGGCAGAAAUGGCCACGGCCAAGAAGAAGCACGACUCAGAGACGGAGAAGAUGAAGGAAAGCUCGGAUAACGAGGACGACGACGAGUACAACAAACCACUGGACCCAAACUCAGACGACGAGAAAAUCACGAGACUGUUGAAAAAGCACAAGGCCACCAACCUGGCGCUGAUCAGCCCCUGCAGUAACAGCUCGGACACCUUGUGAUGCCCACAGCUGGGGGGCCAAAACGAGGGGGACCAAAGGGUCCAGCAGAGACUUGUCGCACUCUUUCUGACCCCCCUUUCCACCUGACUAUACGAACAUGCGCCUGAGGGGAUCGCAUUGUGCUCAGACAGAGCAAGAAAAUGGGUAAAAGUGUGUGCCAAGACGCACGAAAGACGCGCUCACCAAAACAUGGCCAGAGACGCAUUUGGCUGCAUCCAAACCCACUUACAGAGACUAUAAACACGGAGAUAUGACUCCUGUCAGAACUGGACUUCAAGAAGCCUGAUAAUGACACGUUCAUGUCAGAUAAAAAGGACAGAAAUAUUGGGACAGGAAAUUGUUUUGGCGAUGCAAAUCAGUUUUUACGCAUACAACUGGAGUUGUGUAAAUGUAAACAGAAUAUUAUAAACACACAAUCCGGAUCAGUGUUGGGCUUAUUAGUGUGACUCGUUACUUUAAUUCCACAAGUAACGCUGCUUCACUUGACUGGCACAGUAUAAUUGAUGACACUCGUUACAUUAUUUCCCGCCACACCUCUGCCCAAGAUUAGCGGCCUCUGUCACCUUCACCAGCCAGGAAGGCCAUUCCUCAUGCUGACUGAGAAUGUCCUUAUUAAUUAGUAAUAUAAUCAGUACUUAUAUUUCCAUCUGAAGAAAAAUACAUCCCAGUCCUAUUUUAUUCUGAAGUAAAGAAAAUGUACACUUCUUUUUUUUUUUAGAUAAUUCAGAUUAAAUCCCAUUUUGGUUGAAACAAAAUGUUCUCUAUAGUUUUAAGAGGUGACUGUAAGCUUUUAAUGGAUGUGAUUUUUUAGCAGCCAACUCUGAUCCGGAUCCCAGACGCAUGUUUAAAAUGGCAGGUGUAAACGGGGCCUGUGAUGCUUCUAAAGCUCAGUUUAACCAGGGUAUCCACUGUCCUAAAAGGCGAGAGAAUAAAAUGUUUUGAAGGGGCGCAGGUUUGACAUGAAUGAAUGAUUUGUGCUGUAGCCUAAAGAUGAAAAAUGUACCUGAGAUUGUAUAUAUUUUUUACUGAAUAAGUUAUGUUGUUUUCAACGAGUGGAAACGUGGCAGCCUUUUCUCCCCCCGCAGCCCGGACGCGCUUAUUCC